GUUUUGUUAUUUUUAAACGAAGAACCUUCAAAAAUUACCAUUUCGAAGUUUGUGAAAAACCGAUAUAGAUGAGUAAUACUAAAAAAAACUCAAGUUUUAAUUAAUGAUUAGAGUUAGUUUGAGGUCAACGUUAUUAAAAAAAAUAAUGUAAGACAAUAACCGUGAAAUUUAGACGUAGUUUGUUUGGUAUUCGCUAAUAAUUACCGUUUUGCACGGAGGAUUUGUGGUGGGUACACCACAGCUUUUCCUCUAUAUAAAAUCAGAGCCGAGUUAAAGAAGAUACCAGUGUCACAACCAACUGCAAGAAAGUAAAGUUAAAUAACAAAAAGUUUCAGUGAAAUAAAAACGAAUCAUCAUGAAAGUUUUGGUUUUCUUUACGUUAAUUGCAACAUCUUUAGUUUCCGGUGGGAUUAUCCAACAAGAGAGUGACGAAGGUUUGAAUCAUCAUCAUCAUCUCACUGAAAAUGUCGAUCAUCAAGACGAUCGGCCCACAUCAUACCAAAACAUCCACAUUAAGCACUAUCAUCCCGUUCCCGUUUACAUAAAAAAAGAGCACAAACAAUUUUUAGAUCAUCCUGUUUCUUCAGGUGAUAGUUCGAGCCAAUUGGAAGUUCACCAUGGGGGAAAAUAUGAUCAUGGAUACGCCACAGGUGAUAGCAAACAAGAAUUAAACGGAUUUGGUGGCCACGAAGAAGGUGGUUAUGGGGAAAAUUAUGGCAAUUCAGAAAAUUCCGAUGAAGGACAAAGUCAUGAGGAUGUUGGAUUAGGUGGAUAUGGAGGGCAGUAUUAUGGUGGUGGUGAAACAAGUGAAGAUGGAGGACACGAUGGUGGUCAAGAUAUCGGUCAUGAUGGUGGUUAUUAUGGUGGUAAAUUCGAAGGUCAUUAUCAGGGUGGAGAAAGUUCAGAAGAAGGAAGUGAUGGCAAUGAUGGGAAUGAUGGUAAUUAUGGUGGUUACGGUUAUGGAGGAGGAAGCCAUGGGAGCGAAGCAAAUGAACACUACUAAAACUGUUAAUUACAACAGGUGUGGUGAAAGAUGUUUGAAAUCUUUAAGAGUACGAUUAAAGGAAAAAACGCGUUUUGCGGCUUUCUUUUUCCGAAUAUUCGAAAUCGGAGAUGAAAGUUACUAAUCUGGUCGAAUUAUUUUUUAUUUCUUUCUAUUGACUAUUUUUGCCCGUUUUAAUUUUAGAGAUCGUUCCUUUAUUUUAUAAUAAAACAAUGUUUAGAUUAGGGAUUAGUCCAAAAUGUAGUUUUUAAUUUAUUAUUGUUGGUUUUAAAAAAUAAAAGAGUUUUUAAGAAAAGAAAUGUUUUUAUACCAAUA